UUUCAGUUUUCUAUCAGUGCGAAAUAUUUGGAGGUUAAACUAAGUAAUUUAAUAAUUGAACUGUAAAAUUGACAAACUGUAAUGACAUGAGCUUUUACAAAAGUUCUAAUAGAAACGCUAUUUUCUUAACUUCGGUAAUUCCGAAACAUAUAUCAUGAUCAACGAUUGUUUUUAACAAAAAUACGCAGAAUUUAUAAAUUUAGGAGUAUCUUACAGUGUUAUUUUCAAUGUGUAUAAUUCUAAAUUUGUCAACAAGGCUGUUUACUUUGCCUAGUUCAAACCAACAAGUCAUUUGUUUAGAUUUAUUAAAUAAUAACAAUUGAAAAUAGACAAACAAUGGCGAACAUUGAAGCAGGCUUAGGUAAUCAAUCUGGCGAGAAUACCAGCUGGAGAAAACAUCUUAUUUCUCAACUACGCGAUCGAAACAGAACUCAGACACAAUGCUUCUAUGAUCUUAUAACUUUGCACAAUCGCUUGUUUGAUAAUGCUAACACUCUACGAGGAGAGAAUUUGCAAUUAUCCAUAUCCAAUGAAAAGUUACGUUGUGAAUUGACUAGUUGUACACCUGGCACAGCUGCCAAUGCAGCUCUUGAAGCAAAAUUAUUAGCUCAAGCUGAUGAGCUGACUACAUUACAUAGAAGAAGAGGUGAACAUACUCAACAGAUUGUAGAUUUGAACAAUAGGUUACAAGAAAUAACAAAAGAGCUCCAUGCUAAAGAAGCAAGUUUGACAGAAAACACUGAAAUCAUUGCGGGCUUACGUUCUGAGAUUUCAAGAUAUAUAUGCAAGGAAAAAGAACUUGAAAAUAUUAAUCAAAUGUUGAAGGAUGAGCAUCAAGCUCUACAAUUGGCUUUUGCAUCACUGGAAGAAAAACUGAGAAAAGCUCAAGAAGAAAAUCGGCAAUUAGUUGAUCGAUUGAUAAAGUACAAAGCAAAAGAUGCUGAGAAAAUGAAUGAAGAGAAUGACAAUUUUUUAAAUGAGAGUUUUACCAGCCCGACAGCCUUUUUGAUGCAUACCAUUUCUAAGUUCGGAAAAAGACAAGCGAAAAUGCAAAAAGAACUGGAAGAUGCUGCAAGAGAUACACAAUCUGCCAGUCCUGAUCAUAUUAGUUUGAAAGAAGGAACUGUCGGUUAUCCGACUUCGGUGCCUACUAAAGUCUCCAUCAAAUUUAAUGCACAUGAAGGUGAAGUGAAUGCCUGCAGAUGGUCUCCUACCGACAAAAUUUUUGCUACUGGCGGAGCCGAUCGUAAAGUAAAAUUAUGGGACAUCACUAAAGGAACGUCGGAGUGCAAAGGAAUGCUUGUGGGCAGCAACGCCGGGGUGAUGUCAGUGGAUUUCGACUCAACAGGCAAUUUGAUACUAGGAGCAUCCAAUGACUUCGCCACUCGCGUCUGGACCGUCGGCGACCUGCGAUUAAGGCACACUCUUACAGGCCAUUGCGCCAAAGUGAUGGCCGCCAAGUUUCUCGGCGAGCCGUCCAAGGUAGUCACCGGCAGUCACGAUCGUACCCUGAAGAUCUGGGACCUGCGCAGCCGAGCCUGCGUCGAGACCAAGUUCACGGGCUCCAGCUGCAACGACCUGGUCACGUCGGACGGCUCGGGCUCGACGAUCAUCAGCGGCCACUUCGACAAGACAAUCCGAUUCUGGGAUACGAGAACCGAGUCCGGGUCCAACGACAUUGUCCUCCAAGGGAAAAUCACGUCGCUCGACUUGUCUCGCGAUGCCAACUAUCUUCUGAGCUGCGUCCGCGACGACACGUUGAAGCUGCUCGACCUGCGAAUGAAGAUGAUCGUCGUGUCGUUCAGCGCCGACGGCUUCAAAGUAGGAUGCGAUUGGACGAGAGCGGCUUUCAGCCCCGACGGCCAGUACGCCGCGGUUGGAUCCUCCGACGGCUCGAUCUUUAUUUGGUCCGUGGUCACCAGCAAGAUCGAGACGGUCCUCAAAGACCACACGGACGCAGUGACCGCGGUGUCGUGGUAUCCGCACGGCACGUAUCUGGCCUCGGUAGACCGGGCCAAGUGGGCCACCAUUUGGGGCAAUCACGUCUGACAGGAGGAGCAGGCCUGAAACGGGUGUCCAGACCUUCGGGCCGAUCAUCAUCCCCAGCAGGCAGCUACCUCCUCUUCUUCGGCUAUCCCAUCGAUUACCGACAGUCCUACCUAUUCCGAUUCCUAUCGUUAAAAUUUACCUUCGCCUCUCACCGACUCUUCUUCUCUCGUCCUUGCCUCUCCAAGCCCUCGCCCGCAGCCCCUCGCGCUUCCCACGCUCCCUGCAGUCCACGCGAUCACGAGGCUGCUGCCAGUCGACUCGUGCCAACUGAAAAAUACUCAAGGAGACUACUUUACGCGUCGUUACGUUGUAUGCCGAACAGCCGAAAGAUGAACCCUGUCGCACAAAGCUCAACGCUCGAUGGAAUAGCCUUACUCUGCGUGAUAUUUUUUUUUUUUUUUUUUUUUUCAAUCAAACGUCGUGUCCCCACCAAAUCGGAGCGCAAGCUAUCGCUUGGAAUCCGCGCAGAACUGGGUUCUACCCUGCUUUCCUCAAUAAUGGUUCGAUCGAUGAUGAAAUCUCGACCAAGCCGUUCGAUCGUUUCACAGCAGCCGCGCCAAUUUUUAAUUUUUAUACUUUUAGAAGUGGACAAUACAACGACGACGACCAUCCGCUUGCGGCUGCUUGUGGAGAGCUGCCCGGCUCGCGUGCACUCUAAUCUGUGGGCACGCGUUCCCGUCAGAGCUUGCUGCGAGUAGCCUUUAUUACAAAAGUGCCCCACGUUCGACUGCAAACACGUCAGCGAUAGUUAACGCGCGUCGAAGCAGCACCGAAUCGCGUUGUUGGCGAGCACUCCGAUGCGAAAGCGGCUUCAUAAACCGUUAAUUUUUCCUAAGCAGCGCCUGUAGCUGCUCCUCAAACAGCAUUACCGCUGCAAUUAUUGUUUUUUCUUUUUUUAACAUAAUGUUCGAAAUAAUAAAUCAAAGGGCAGCUUUUUAUGCCAUUUGUAAUACAUAUACAAAGAUGAUAAUUUGUAUGCUACACUUUGAAAAGCGAAUGGAAAAUGUGAUGACAGUUAAAUACAGCAAGCUAACGCUUUUACAGCGGGACGUAGAUUGCGUAAGGGCGCAAGCCCAGCUACGAAGUUACAGCGACCAGAAUAAUAUUCAGCCGACAUUAGGAUAGAGACGUACGAGCUAACGAAAAGGUUGAUGGAUUAAAAUGUGUUCGUUGAUAAAGUUUGUACAUUACGUAGGCGUUCUAUGACUGGAAAAAAAAAGAGUGUCAUCGCUUUCAAGAGAUUAGUCGGCCCAAUUGGCAUUCUUCCUCGCAAUAAGUGCAACGCGUUUUUGGAGAAUAUUUUUCAUAGAAUAGCGAUUUUUGGCUCUUUCAGCAUUUUUGUGUGAAUGCUACGUAAAUUGGUUUCGUGUGACCUACGAUCGAUCAAAACUACGAAUGCCUGCGCUCUCAGUCGUGGCUUCAACGAUGCAGACAAAUUCAUUUUUUUUUAUAAUUUACUCGCAUGGAUUAAUGUUUCGCAUAAUAGCAAACGAUUUUGCUAAGAUAUACUGUAUUUAUCGUUUUUUAACAGAUGCACCUUAUUUUAGGGUGUCGACGUUAAAUCGUAAAAAAACGAAUGUUCGAUGUAAGCGGUGUUUGUGAUAAAUUGUAAAAUAUAUAAAAUCGCCUACGAAAUCGUUACGUUCAACGCAGUGAAACCAUUGAGUCACUGACAAUUGAAGAAUGGCGUCUGUUAUUGUUAAAACAUUUCUAGGAAUUUGGACAAUGUGAUUGACACUGCACGCGCAAAAAAUACAAAAAAAAUUAAAUACUCUCAGUUGAUAUAUUUGUACACGUACUUACAACGGUAUAUGCCUCGAUCAUAAGCACAAUAUGUCAUCGUCACUAAAUCAUUGACUAGAAAAGAGGGUGCCACGUGGAAAGGGGAGAAUGGUUUUCAAGCCAAUAGAAAAACAAGAGGUUUAUCCCUCGUUCCCUGGAGCUUGGUCUGUCACUUGGUGCGAUGCGUAGGUUUCGUAUCUGUUACACACACGCGCAGAAUUUCUCCAGCAGCCGAUAGAAAAUUAUGCUCGAGAAGAGUCGUCGUGGUGUAACCGGGAGGCAACGUCUUUUCAAAUGAGACGACUGAUCCCUGGAAGACGAACAAAGGUCAUCGUUUACACGAACACGCGCACACGGAUAAUUACACACACACACACACACACACACACACACACACACACACACACACACACACACACACACACACACACUCUUAUAUAUAUAUAUUUUAUGCACAUAUCCAUAUACGUAUAAUUUCUUUCAUCGGCAUAAGCCAUAUUGUACUUGUUAGCAAAGUGUAAAAUUGUAGCGUCUUGUAAAUAUAUGAAAUUGAUCUGAAAUGUAUUUUGUAUGGAAAACA